GACAGACUGCUUACGUCUGCACACAACGCCGACAAGAUUGUAAAUACGUACGUCGAAUCAGCUGUCAGAAAGGUGGAGGCAAGGGCAGAAUGUAAACGGAAUGACAACAUAACGACAUAUUGUAGCAUUUUUAUUUUUGUAUGGAUAGUGCAGAAAAUGCCCCCCUUUACAAAAACAGCAGCAUGAUACAACGUCAUUCUGGGAGAGAGAGUCGCGCAGCUCGGCAUCUGUUUCGUCUGUGAGCGACGAUCACUACAGCAAGAAUUGGAAUAUUAAUAUUAAUAUCAGCGCUGGCUGAGCGAAGUGCGCCGCCAGUGCCGACGUUUAUCCGGCAUUUACCGCGCAAACAUAUAUAGCCGCUUCACAAUAUCUGCAUUUGUGAAUGAUACUGUGGGCCUGCUUUGAACGGAUGUUUUUUUCCUUCAACGUCGCAGUGAAACUGCACCAUGGAUAGCGACGCGCUUUCUCAUCGCGCUCCGUAAGCUCAGCGCGGGGAGUGAAUGGGGAUGAGGAUGUUGUUUACAAAAAGCAGCCAGCCGCCAGCCCGCUGAUGCUCAGGCUCUCGUGCGUCUAAUCUUUUAUGACACGUUUGGAAAUUACUGUCACCUACGUCUUUGCUUUAUAAAGAGGGCAAUGUCAUCGUCAGCAGACCGGCGUGGAUUUGUUGUUGUCUGAUUUUACUACUUGUCAUCCGCAAUUCGACUUCACACCGUUUAUGUAACUGGGACGGGGAACACAUCAUAACCCCCAUCUGUGCUCCUAAUUGGUUCUCUAUACCAUGAGCUCUGGCUCCACCCAGGAUGUGGCGGUGGAGAAUUUCCUGCGUGACAUAGAGAGGCGGGGCCAUUGGCUGCACUGUGCUGUUAUUGGCUGUGAGGAGGAGCACCCCAGAGGCGACAUGAACCUGUUGUAUCGCAAAAGUCGACUGGACUGGAGACACAGAGAUCAGGAAAGCAAGAAAAGCUCUAAUUAUAAAGAUGCCUCCUCUGCAACGGUUGGGAAGGUUCGGGAUCUGGCGUCAUUUCGGCGCCAUUUCCGAAUGGGAUUUAUGACGAUGCCGGCGUCUCAGGACUUGUCGCCCCACUCUUGUGCGGCCGCAAUGGCACCACGCUCUCAAUCAUGCCACGCUGUGGGGACCGGGGAGGAGGAGGAGAUGGAGAAUGGCUAUUAUCCAGACUCAGAUCCCCAAAACCAAUCGAAUCCAUCCCGCUGCCCCCCAGCAAAGCCUAAACGCCACCCCAACACCCGUCUGAGCUCCAACAAGGAGCAGGAACAUCCUCUUCGUGGGGUCCAUGCACCACCUGAUACUCCGCCACCUCCACCUCCUAAUCACCCUCACAAACACUCAGAAAAGCGGAAUGCAAUGAAGAAAUCUGAUUCAGGUGAAAUGUCAGGACGGAAAGUUCCUCCCUUAAAGCCCAAACGGAGCCCAAGCACACAGCUCUCCUUUGACCCCCCACCCCUUCGUGUCCCACCAUCCACCACACCUCUUCCUUUCCAAAGCUCUGAACCCUCUCACCGGGGUGAUGGGGGAGAUGAUGAGCCGGUUUACAUUGAGAUGGUGGGCCAGGUUUUUACUCGAGAAACUCACAAUGCCCCCACUCCUCAUCCCCUCACACCGUCUGCCACCACGCCUGAUUCUGAUUCGGAUCAGGGAGAAGCUAUUUACGAAGAGAUGAAGUAUCCCCUCACAGAUGACGCAGCUCGAGAAGCCCAUCGGCGCUUGCCACUCAAACAUGAUCGAAUCAAAUCUAAAGUGUACCACUCCUCUGUGGUCUCAUCCUCCUCUUCCCCAACCUCCUCCUCUCUCCCACGCCCCUCAUCUUCCUCUCCGGCCUGCUCCUCCUCCUCCAAGCCUAAAGCAUCAGUCUCUAUCUCCCACUCUUCACCUCUUCCCUCAUCCUGCUCUUCGGCCUCCUCCACACCUGUACCACAACCGCUCUCUUCCUCACCACACCCUCCUCGUGCCCCCACUCCCUUUCUGUUGCCAGGGGCCAAGCCUGAACAUGAGUCCAGCUCCAGUAAGAUUCCGGCACCCUUCCCUAACUUGCUUCAGCACAAGCCCCCGCUUCUGGCUUUUCCCCAGCCAGCUGCUGCCUCAAGUGGUGUGGGGGCUCAGCACAAGUCCAGCUCGGCCAAGAUCAGUGUGCAGUCAGCCUCCAGCCUGCCAGUGUCUACCAGCACCUCCUCCAGCACGAGCUCCACCAGCAAUUCCAAAGAGUCCUCUGGAGUCGAGAAGGAUCGAGAAAAGGAGAGGAGGGAUGGACAGCUGGGACCAGCACCAGGACUUAGAGCCCGAAGUCAUUCCACACCUCUACCUCCAUCAUCAAAAUCCUCCUCUCCGUAUUCCCACCACCACCAUCAUCAUCAUCAUCAUCCACACCAUAGGCCAUCCCACUAUCACCAUUACCGCAAACCUGAGAAAGAGACCUUGGGCAAAGGGUCAGGGCAGGGUUCUUCUCAGUCCUCCACCCAGACACAAACACAGCCUAAGGAGGGCAAGUCCGUCAGCUUCCUGCUCAAGUCUGAGAAACCGGAGAGAGAUCGAGAUAGAGACAGAGAUCGCGAUCGAGAGAAAGAUUCAAGCACACCAUCAUCCAGCCAGACUGAUGCCCUCACUUCAGGCACGUAUACGCCGACUUCUCAGACCGGUACAAGCACCACGUCAAGUCUACCACCAUCGUCAGCUGCACCUUCCUCCUCUUCUUCCACCCAGCGUCCACCAUCUCGUUCUCAUAUGCACCGUUCCCACACCCCUCACUUGUCCCAUAACCUGCCUGCUUACAAACCUCCCCCUUCUGACAGUCCCCUGUUGUGGACCUACCCCUCUGUGGGUUUCCGUCGGCCACCCGCCUAUGACAGCCUGCGUGGAGGCUCCCAGUUGCCAUCCUUACACACAGACCCAAAUAAAACUGGGUCUGCAACCCAGGCAUUGCAGGCCAAGACUGGGUUCGUUCCUUGGGACAGUGCAGCUGGUCUGGGAUUCAGCGAUGAACAGGCUUACUGGCCCAUGCAUAGAAAAUUGUCAUUCAGUCAUGGGAGCCGAGACUCAGAGAAGGAAGAUGAAAGUGUGUGGAAUGGGAGUGCAGAUGCUCUGUUGAGGAGAGAGAGAGAUAAUAUAGGAGUAUCCAUGCGGGGUGGAGGACACUCUGGAAUUCCUGUGCGGGCUACGGGAAGACACAGUGAGAGUUUGGCUGGUGCGGACGGACCCCCAGGGUUGAAAGGACUGAUACGAGCUGGACUCCCUUUACCCUGCCAAACUUUCCCAGCAUGCCGCAAUGGAGAGUUAGGUCGCCUUGGCAGGUCGUCCUCCACAUCAGGAGUAAGACAAGUGGGAGGUGACAUUCAAAGGCAAAGCAGCCUGCCAGCCAGAGAAGUACUUAACCAGAUUCACGCACUCUCGCAGUUUCAUUCUCAGACUCCUUGCAGUCCAUCAUUGACCCGGCAGCAGCAGUACCAGCACCAGCAGCAGGUUCACCUCCAGUUCCAGCAGCUGGCUCAGCUCGCUGCUCAGGCCCAGCUACCCAUCAGUGCGGGCACCAGCAGCACCUCCGUGACCCCGGCCCAGCGUGACGGCAAGCUCCUAGAGGUGAUCGAGAGGAAGCGCUGCCUCUGCAAGGAGAUUAAAGCUCAUCGCAGACCAGAUAAGAGCUUAUGUAAGCAGGACAGCAUGCCUAUUUUACCCAGCUGGAGGAGAACACCAGAGCCACGUAAGACUGGAACGCCGCCCUGCCAGAGGCCUCAGGCUGUGGUGUGGGACACAGCCAUCUGACCAAUAGAAAUGGGGGCAGCGAGUAAGAAAAUCAUGACCGGUAGAAGAGGAGCGAACAAAUCUUUUUGUAAAAAUCUUUCUGAAAAUAAGUAAAGUGGCCUUUGAACGUAGAGAUUAUAAAAGACACUGGGAAGGAAAACAGAGAUGAAUUGAAAUUGUGUAGUGCAGACGUUUUGCCGAGAAAAUAGCAUGAUUUAGAUUCAGUUUCUCUGUAGAACUGAGAGAGAAAAGUUUUUCAUGGUGUUCAUGUGCCAUAAAACUGCAGCAGCUUCAGUACACACAUUCAGAAACACACCAGAGAGACACUUUAAUUUGUACUCUCUCUCUGACCUGCUGCAAAUAUAACCUGUGCUGCUGAGUUUACAACCUUUUUGAAACACCUUGGAAACUUUUGGAGCGCCGUUUGUACGUUUGAAAAUGACGGAAGAGAAUAGACACGUUCUUUUCUCCUAAGGAAUGAAGAUAUAUCAAAACUUAAGAUGUGUACAGAAUGAAGGGACUCUAAAAUAUUGAAGUGGGAUUUUCUUCAUAUCAUAAACUGUUUGUGACUUUGGACUUGUGUUUUUACUGACCAGAUUUACUCAAUUAUGCUGCUGUUUUCUGGGCAUCCACUAGUCUGAUGUUUUUUUUACAUUCCAGAGGGGUGACUGCGUGCGUGCGUGCGUGCGUGUGUGUGUUGUCAUGAGGAACUAUGUAUCUUUGAUUUAGAGUUGUGUAAGGUCGCAGAGUGAUGUAAAAGUGAGCAGUCCAAGGGAAAAGGUGAAUGAAACACAAUAUUUACAAAAUAUCAACACUUUUACACAAAGAACAAAAGUCGUACACAUCUUGUUUAUAUAUAUUUAGAACCAGUUUCAGUGGAAAAUGAAGGGCUGCUGUAGUUUGUAGAAAAGUGAUCAGUAGAUCCAUUUGUCCAAACAUUUGCCCAAUUACUGCCUAUUGAUCGAGUGCCAAUUUAAUGAGUAUGAUGACUUGUGAGUCUGGGUAAUAAAAGAGAAAGUAGUUCAGCAGAAGUUACACUAUGUGACUUUUGUAGCAAUAUCUGUUAAAACAGAAGACCGAUCUCAGUAUUAAUCUCAGUCCAGUAUACUCAUGGUGGAGAUAAAGACAACCAAUAACAUCUAGAUUCUCAUUGCAUUAUUUCAUGGAUAAAACUUACACAAAGCAUAAUAUAGCCAACAGUGAGAUCGCUUUAUUGGAAAGAAUGUAUGGGUCGACAUACAGAUCGCUGUCAUUGUAUUUAGCAUUUCCUAUCCGUUUACAUUCAAUUUGGAUCAUAAGUAGGCGUCUAACUGUCAGCCAUUACAGUCCUUUCGGAAGCGAAGUUUUUCAUGCCAAUCAGCUGGGGUUGACAUGAAGUUAAAAGUGGGGAGGGUAUCUACUGUAUGACAGUAAGAUCAAAUAUAUGAAAUGUAUUUGCCAAUCCCACCAUAGACUAAAAGAGUCAUCACUUUUCUUAGAAACAGAGCAAAUUUCACCUUUAGCAUUCAUGCACAUACGGUACACUUAAAAGUGCCCUGCUGGGAUGACAACGUGCAGCAGUGCUCCAUAAACAAAUGCUGGAAUUUGUCCGCACAAAGGAAAUCAAUUCCCACAUGCUCUCAAGAUUAAACAACAACGAGGAAAAAAUACACAAGUGUCAAAAUCUGUAAAAUAAAUAUGUACAACUGUAUUGAUUAUGUAGCAACUAUUUCCACUUUCAUACUUGUAAUCAAUAAAUAUAUUGUAGCAUAUAAUGUAUAAAAGUACAAGUUGUUUAAUUGUUUUCUAAAGAAAUUUAGUAGUUUUAUGUGUGGCUACCUGUCUACACUGUAGUGAAUGGAGCGCUGAUAGGAGAGCCUUCUUUGCUAAAGGCACAGUCUCAAACCAACACCGACAUUUUUUUUUCCGGCUAGUGUCAUGCAAGUCCCUUUAAACGACUUAUUUCUGAUUGCAAAUACUGACUCACAAACACACUUUCCCGUUUCUGUACAGAUCCACCCAGCUCAUUAGAAUAACACUGGAUGUUUUUCAAGUACUUAUGCUGCUAUAUUGAUUAUUACUUUUGCUUUCAUAUCCCUCACUGCUGUUAUUUAAGUUUUCUUCUUUUAUUUUUAUUUUUUUAUUUAUUUUUUUAUUUCUGGGGAGUGGAUUCUUCUGUAACUGUUGGCAAUUGAAUGUUACUCAGUUGUUGUUCUUGUUGUGGUUGUAUUUAAACGUUGUUGUAAUUUUAAUUUAUUUAUUUUCAUUUUUUUGAAUAGUUAGCAGCACCAACCUGUAUACAGUUCUCACCCUGGCAACACUACUGAGAAAUGUAAAGGCAAUAUUGCAGCGAUGUUACCAAGGGUUUGACAUGUUGUCACCAUGACACCAGGGUUUCAUAGCAACACUGCACCAUCCAGGUGGCCAUUUUAAAUACAGUCUUUAUCAAACAGUCCACAGUAAACCCACAGUAGAGGAGGGCCGGUGCAAUGCAUGCUGAGAGUUCUUGAAGAAUUACCUUGAACAUACAGUAAGGUUGGGUUGCGUCCCAGACAGUCUACAUAAAUUGUGCCCAGUUUGUACUUCAGAUAUAUCAAUCAUCUAGUGGCAUUUAUUAAGAUGAAAAGGGAAACUUAAGUAUUAUUGGGUAAACUAGUUUACAGAAACCGUCGGCUUUGCGUGUCUACAUAAAUGGUGGCCAUAUUAUGAGUGCCAUAAUAUAUUGGUAUGGUAAGAUACGGUGUACCUUGGAAAUCACUGUAGUGCUAUAUUUGCAUUGAUAUCGUCAUGAAAUAAAUUUUAUAUUAUGAACAGAACUUCAUUUGUGUAAGUGUGUGCGUGUGUAUGUGCACGUGCAUGCGUUAGUGUGUGGGGGGUAUAUGUGGUUUACUGGACAUGAAUAGUGUAUAAUGACAUGUUUACUAUUCUAUAAACAUGGUUAACUGGGACACAAGUGUCCCCAUGAACUGAAAAGCUAAAAAAUAUACUAAAUGGUACUUUGUCAUAGAUUAAAGACAGGUUUUUGGGGUAGGUUAGG